AUGCACAAGAAUAGUAAACAAGUUACUAUAUCGAAUAGUUCAGCGAAAGUUUCUAGUCGGGAUUCCUCCUCAUCAAAUAAUGCAAAUACUAACAUUAACCGCAAAACCAAUGCUAACGAUAAUGGUAACAGGAAUUUCAAAAAAGCUAAUGGUUCGUUAAAGUCAAAGUAUAUGGAUUCAAAUAGUACAACUAAUCAGAAUAUCACAGGCUAUUAUCAAGUGGCUACUCCCAAAUCGCCCCAGGAAUUUACGUUAAGCCCUGUUGAUGAUAAUAUUAGAGAAUCGUUUACCGACAAAUUAGGUAUAGCAGUGGAAUCUCCCGAGGAUAACGUUCAGUUACAAAGACUUCGGUACGAAACAGCUAAAAAUGAAAUACUAGAUAAGUUAAACUUGCAUAUUCUGAUAAAUCAUAAGGAGGUUGAAGAUAUUCAGCGAGAUAUAAAGAAAACUGAUGCUCAAAUGAGAGUCAUUGAAUUAUUGCAUGAGGACAAGGAACUAAUGUCAAAGAUUAAGAAAUACGAAGAAAAAGAGGCAGAUAGGAAAAGAAUUAAAUAUGAACAAAUACAAAUGAGUAAGAAUAAUUCAACUUUUGAUUUUUUUGGUGAUUUCGCACCUCGUUCCUCAUUUAUAAGUUCUGAACAAGACAGUGCUCCAUUAUCUGCAAGUAGCGUUAUGCCAACUCAUCCAUAUCAUACAAGAAGUAAAAGCAGUGGUCGUCUUUUAGACGUUUCUAAUUUGAGGCCGGCUAUGGACAUUUCAAUAGCUUCAAAGGGAAGUAUGAAAUCUGCCACUUCGGGCAAACAAUCCUCUAAGGGAAAUGGUUCAUUGAAUGUCAAACACAAAAGAACAUACUCCACAUCAUGUAUCUCAAGUUGUAGUGGUAUAAUAGGGAAAAAUGAACAGAAUGAAGCCAUAUUUAGAAGAUAUGAUGGAAUAUUGGUAAUUAUAACCUGUUGCAUAUGUGGGAGACGUGGAUUUACGUCAGCUCAAGGUAUAAUUAAUCAUGGUCGUUUAAAACAUUCGAAGAAUUAUUCUAAUCAACCAAUAGCAAUCUUAAAGAAUCAAAUUCUACUCCCUGACGAUAAACAAGACCCCGAAGUUUUAAAAAAGUUUAAAGAAUUAGGACUAGAUGCAACGAUUGAAUAUCUUCCCAGCAAAGUUGUAUUCCCGGAUAUUGAUAGAAGCAACGGCCCCGAUAAGUCGAAUGGUAGUUUAAAUAGUACGAAACCAAGAUUAACGACUCAUUUAGAAAAUAUUUAUCCAAAGAAUGAUUUUGACGAAUUGAUAAAUAUGGUGAAUGAUGCUCCAAAGGAUCUGGAAGUCAUUUUAAAACAGACUCCCGAAGAAGAAGAAGAAGAAGAAGAAGAAGAAGAAGAGGAAGGAGAAAUGGUGAUGACAAUAACGACGAGAAUAAAGCAGGAAAAGAAUCAUUUAUUUCAAAUAAGGGGGAUGAAAGGGCAUAUAUUCCUGCACCCAUUACAAGCUUGCCUUCAGAAACGAAUAUGUCUAUCGAGAACUUGA